AUGGAUUUAAAAGGUUCACUCGUCAAUACUAAUGUUAAGAUUUAUCCAAGCCAAACAUUUAUUAAAUUUUUGAAAACAGUAUCCUCAGAUCGAUUACCUCAUAAUAUAAAUCAAAUAGUAAAAGAUGAUAAAGCAAAAUGUAAAACUUACAGUAGUGAAACAAAAUCAGUACAUCUAUCUAGUUUAGAUAUAGAAAAUAUUAAAAUGAUUAGAGAAGCUUCAACCAGCAGUUCAAAAGAAAUAAAUGAAGAUGAACCUAAUUUAAAAAAUAAUGAUAAACAUAUGGAUAAUAGUGAUGAAAAAAUAGACUUAGAUAAGGAAAAAAUUGAUAAAGAAGACUCUGUAAAAUUAGGAGAUGUAUUUCUUGUAACAGCUGAUAUAGAUUGGUUACAUGAUUAUUUAAAAAACAGAAGAAGUAAAGGUGAAAAAGAUAUACCUUAUCUUCACAAGUUACUAGAAGGAGCUCACAUUGAAAUGCCAGAAAAUGAAAUUAUAAAAAGAAAUCCAGAUUUAGAAGCUAGGUGUGUUAAAUUGAGAGCACAGCAAGAAGCUCGUGAAUAUAGGAAAAUGACCAAAAGUGUUGACAAUGUUAGAAUGAAAUUUCCUGAAGAUAGUAUUUCGUAUCAAUUAAAACAACUAAAUCGGCAACUCAUAGCCAUCGGACAAUUCAUAAUCUCAAUAUUUGCUGGUUUCCUGUUUGGAUUUAAAGGUGUGGAAUGGAUGGUGGGCAAUUUAGACUUUGGAUUCAGAUUAUUAUUAGGUGUUAUGUGUGCAUUAGUGAUUGCCCUUGCUGAAAUAUACUUUUUAGCGAAGAAACUUAAUGAAGAACUUAACAUUCCCGAAACAGUGCAACUAGGAGGGCCUCUGAAAUUUGCUGAUCAACAAAAUUUCUCUUCUAACGCUACUAAAACAACCCUUGAAAAACAACAUCAAGAUUAAUAACUAUUAUUAUAAUAAUUUUCUGUUUUAUCAAAAACAUGCAAAUUAAAUUAUUUUAAUUUCCAUUUAACU